CGGUAAACUGGUGCAUAGGUUUGAUUGUUUCAUUGUUGCAGAACCUCGUUCAUCUUCGUUUGAACAAAAAACACACGGAAACUCGCCUGUUUAGAUCACCGAGAGACAAAAGUGUCUAGAAUUGAUGAACCGCAUCAGAAGAUUACAAUUCUUACAGUGAAUACCAGCAAGAAUCGUUAAAUCUCCACAAAAUAGCACGCAUAGCAAACAAAGCAGUUUACAAAACACGUCGGCGUUUCCCGACCAACGCACAGAAAAGCGGAGAAAACGCCUCUGCCACUGUUGAAGACUGGACUGAAACACUUUAGCAAGACGACAGACGAUCUCCUUUUAGAAUCUAAAUACAGUGGAUAUAAAGCAACCCUCAAAACACAAGACACUUUCUAGAUGAAUACACGUUUGCUGAGAAAAAAGUAAACACGUGAUUAGUCAUGAUAGCCUUCUUCAUGCAACCUGGCCCUACUUUGCUUAUGACAUAAUGUUGUGUUGAAAGACUUCCACUACAAGAAUCCUACACAAUCUGAGAACUUUUCUUGCUGUCUGUAAUGGAUUUUCUGGAGUAUGAUGACGCCAUCGUUAUUUUAAUUACACCUGAAAUGGCUUCACCCUCUUGUCAGGUAGAAGGAUUCAUUCCAAAAUAUUCAGUCUUCAGUGCUGAAGUGGAACUAGUGGAAGGAGCGAGUCAAAUAAAUCAACCAGCUUCUACGAGUUUUAAGUUUCUCAGUGGUCCAGGUCCAGGCAGAGCGCUUGUUCUCCUCUUAAUCAAAGCAACAGAUGCGAUUAGUCUGGAGCGGGUGGCGCAGGCGGCUCUACCCCUGGGUAAUCAAUUUGCAAUGGCAGAUGCUCACGGGGGGAAACUCGCCUGCUGCCCAACAGCUGUUCUCCAGAAAGUAUCAACCAUCCCUUUAUUGACUCUCCUCUCAUCUUGCUUUGAACUGGAGGCAGUAGCAUGUUCUUCUUUUUGUAGAUGGACAUCAGAAUAUCUAAAUCAUUUGAUUAAUCAAAUAGCUGCACAGAAGGAUGCAUUGUAUAUUUAGUCAGUCUUAAUUAAAAACUGUUUACAGUCUGACAGUUAAUUAAAAGCUAUUGUUUAGUGAAAUUGACAUGUCGGCUUUCUCUUAGCCCCAUCUUAACCUGUUACUGAGAUACUGACCAGUCACUGUAAAACAUGCUGGGAUUCACACAAUUGCUUCAUGUUGUCCUUUUUUAUUUUUAUUUUUUUACAAAUUUAAGUGUUUUUUAAUUGACCAUAAAACAAUUAAGUUGUUUAAAACAAUUAAGUUCAACUAAUUUUAAAUAAUUCCUUUAAAAAAUACUGUCAAAACUACAUUGUUGCUGAUAAGGGUGCACAAGAUAAGGCAAUUCUUUUUGUUUUUAUUAAACUAAAACUCUGUUUUGUU